AUGAUCCACCAGCCACUGCCCAAUUUGAUCUCUCACAUCCACCAUGGCCGAAUCCAGCAGAUAGCAAUGAAGCUAUCUAGACUCACGCUCUACAUGGCCUUGACAGCUGGCUGUCGAGGUGCAUACGUCCAGUUCCAAGACUGCUCCGAGGCUCACGACUCUUCUUCACUCAUUCCAGAGAGUUUCCGCGCUUCGGUUGAGAGGGGAAGGGAUACUUUCGAUUGGAAGUUCGAUUUCACUGCUGGACUGACGAAUCGCAACUCCUGCGAAGUUGAUCUUUCUAAUAUUGUUCCUCGAUUCUCGAUUGUUGAUCAUGGGAACGAUACUCCUUAUAUACCUGGCCAGAUUGUCAACAUUUCUUGCCUCACAAGCCAAAGGAUUGGUUCAAGGUCGAAAUUCACUAUCGUUACUUCAUUUAACCGGUCAACGCUACUCGAAACCUACAAAACUACCUUUGAGUUGACAAACUCCAACAACACUACGUUGUCUUGCGUCAGAGCCGUUUUAACCCCCGCAGUUCCUGCAACGAUACGCAUAAUCGGCCUCUGGUUUCCAAUCAUUACUUUCGCUUUGGCCUGUGUUGCGGCGUGUUGGCCGGUUCGACGAAGCAGUAGGCCUAACACUACAAAAAACUCACUUGUUGCGCGCGCGAUAGAUGUACUGGCAUACAUCCAAUUCAUAUUUUUCUCAGGCGCCAUGAGCCUGCAAUACCCUGGCUUCUUUCAGCCCUUAGUUGGUCUCAGUGGCUGGUCUACCUUGAUGUUGCCUGCUGGCGUAGUGGAAUCCAGAUCUCCAUAUGCACGACAAGGGGUCAACGACGGAAUUUACGAGCACAAUGGGACAAUCACAGGAGCUCCAGGCUUGGAGUUAUUAACUCAAAUGACUGGUUCGGCAGUCAAGCCUCAGAGCUGGAUGAACACAUUCGUUUUGUCACUCCUUGUCUUUGUCUCUCUGUACAUAUUUUCAUUCAUCAUUCAUCGACUUGGAAACACCAAUUCGAGCCCCAGGUCGGCCUCUGCUAAUCUAGAGUCCUCAUUCAGAACUCAGUAUUGGGCUGUGGUAAGACUGUUUCUCAGCUGCUUCAUGCUCCCACUCAGCGCUUGGGCAACUUAUCAAUUUCUCGACGGAACUAUUUUCGGCUAUCAAAACUCGGUGAUGGCCAUACUAGUAUUGAGUCUGUUGCUGGCAGGCUUCUAUUGGAGCUGGUCACAAGACCCUGAGAUGGCAUCUCUCGUGAUACACGGACCAAACCGUGCACGAAGAAAAGACAAAACAGAUCAGAAGUAUUGUGCUUUGAUUGUCUUCUUCCUCAUGCUCCUCCGUGGGUGUAUCCUCGGUGGUCUCCAAACGUAUAAUUCUGUCCAGGUUGGUCUCCUCUUGGCAUGUGAGGCAAUGCAUCUCAUGUCUAUGACUUACUGGAUUGGAUUCUCCCAUUUCACAUCACUUCCUGGCAUUCUGUCGAUGGCCAGAAUAGCCUUGUCCUCUAUAAAUAUCGGAUUCUUGCCUGGGGUGACGGGUCACUCGGGAAAGAUACUCGUUGCAUACAUUGCUCUUUGCGGACAUGUCAUCAUCCUUAUAUGCAUCUUUCUUAUACCCACCCUUUUUGAUCUUGGCAAGUUGGCAUUCGGAAGGGAACCAGCAGUUCUCUCUGAUAUAGAGAACGAUAUGCAAUCAACAACAGCGGAUACGUUAUUUGGAGAAAACAACGAACUCGUCAAGUCCUCAUCGAGCCAAUCAUCGGCGUCAAAUAAGACCUUGUUGGAUAUGAUCCUGAGUCGCGAAACCAAGAUAUUUGGUGACAAGACUGUCAGCAGGAUACAACCGGAGGUGCUUUCACUUUUUAUGAGAAAAGUGCAAGGGGAAGACGAACACACAAACGUUUGUGAGAUCUCUAGAGGUCUCAACGGAUCAUCCAAUACUCUUGUUGGUUCAACUCAAUCAGAUGAAGAGAUCAAGUCAGCUGUCGAUGUCUCACCUGAUGAUGCAUUGACUUCUUACCUUGUGUGCAAGGGAAACCUGGCAAUUCGAAAUACGCCAAUAUACCAGGAUAUGGACCAUCCAAUCAACGAAUACUUUAUAUCUACCUCUCACAACACAUACCUUCUCGGUCGUCAAGUGGCCACUCGUUCGAAAUUGGAGGGAUAUAUCGAAGCUCUAUCCAAAGGAUGUCGAUCAGUAGAAAUCGACUGUUGGGAUGGACGAAAUGGUCAGCCUGUCGUCAAGCAUGGAUAUAGUCUCACAACGUCUGUCAGCUUCCGAUCUGUGAUUAACACUAUCAAGGAACAUGCUUUUGUCAGCUCUGAUCUGCCUCUAUGGCUGUCACUAGAGGUCCAUUGUUGCAGUUCACAGAGAGACAUCAUGGCUCAGGUUAUGAUCGAGGUAUUCGGAUCAAGUUUGAUCACUGAGCCGCUACAGGGGUGUCUGGACACACUACCUUCGCCAAACCAGCUACGAGGGAAGAUACUGAUCAAGGCCAAAAUGCCACAAGACAUGAACACAAAAGACAGUGAUGAGGAGGGCCGUGACGCCAUCAAGCUGGAUCAGACUCACAAUGGAGUUGACACAAAACCUGAAAGGGGAGACGAAAGUACCGCAGUCACGAACCAAUUGCAGCGGAAACAUCUCCAAGAAGACUCGCUACAGAGACUGGCUAUCUAUGGUGCCGGCAAGCGAUUACCCCAACCAGAUGCCAUAGACUCGCACAGGAACUUUAUUUACUCCAUGUCUGAGACGAAACUCAGCAAACGUAUCAGUAAGGAGAAACCUCUCGGAAUAAUUGGCACACAGCAUAUGGUUCGAGUAUACCCUGAUCCAAAUCGUGUCGAUUCAUCCAACUUUGAUCCAAUAAAGUGUUGGCAACACGGCGUUCAAAUGGCAGCUCUCAACUACCAGACGAACGACUUCAAUAUGAGAUUGAACGAUGCCAUGUUUGCUGGAAGUUUGGGGUAUGUGCUAAAGGCACAGCCAGAGCCUAAGCAGAUCCGCAUUGCGGUUGAUGUUCUCAUGGUGGGAGGGAUACAUGGGCUGGUAGUCGACAGUCCUGUUCAACGGGUUCGAACUACAGCUGCAUCAACUCAUGGGACGGGCGCUGUUUUUGACCAGAAUCUCGACAUUUCCAUGGGAACAAAGUACCCUCACUUGGCGUUCUUGCACUGGCGUAUCAAAAGUCUGUCCAAUAGUCGACCUAUAUCGACUGAAUCAGGGAUAGCAAAAGUCAGCAACCUGAAGAAGGGGUACCGCAUGUUACCACUUGGCGUUAUGGAAGAAAAAGGUGGCUUUAUUUUGUGUACCGUUACCAAGACGGCGGUGGCGGUUACCACAUUUACGCGCGACUGUCGCGAGGCCCGAUCUGACCUCACAUCUAUAAACGGCGAAUUGUCCCAGCUGCAACUCGUUCUGGAGUUACUUAGAGAUGAUACAGCUGUCAGCGAUGGCCAGAUCUUACCAGAGUCUCUGCAGGAGCAGAUCCUGUCCAUCAUUGACAAUUGCUCCGCUGUUGUCUCCAAGAUCAACCUUGUUCUUGAUAACCACUCUGGCAAGGUUGGGGCACUCAAGUGGGCUACAAUUGGCAAGAGUGAAGUUGUCGGGCUCCGCAUGUCGCUUGAAGCACAUCGCGGAUCCUUGAAUCUGGCCUUGGACUUGGUCUCCAUUUCUUUGUCAAAGGCAAUCAAAAGCGAUACUGCAGCCAUCAGAACUGACGUCCACGACAUAAAACAAGACACCAGUCAGAUCCCCCAAAUAAUGGAUGAGCUGAAUAGACUGCGGGCCAUUGUUGCUGGUGGUGAUGUUCCAGCGGCGACCAUCGGGCAAAACUAUAUUCUCCAGCAAUAUCUUGACGAUCUCACUUCAUAUGCCGAGACAGUCUGUAAUGAUGUUGAGUGGGAGACGGACAGCAGUGUCCAUGCACUUUCUCGUUCCUCGAGUCCAUCAGGCCCAGUCAUUCAGCUCGAGACAAGUGCCGAUGCCAGGUCCCAGGUUGCCUCUCUGCCAGAUACAGAUACUCGGGUCUGCGACAAGGGCGACAAGACAUAUUUGCAGCCCACUAAGAUUGUUAGUACCCUUGACACAUCCAAGACUACGUCUCAGGCCAAGAAGAAGAUUGUACUCGUUGGAGACAGUGCAUGUGGGAAGACGGCUCUUUGUCGCCGUUUCCUUGAAGGCACUUUCCUCGCGACCGAAUUUCAAACCGUCUUCGAAACUUAUGCUGCUCAUAUAGACGGUGUUGAUCUCUCACUCUGGGACACUUCCGGCAUGGAUGAUAAUGACAGACUUAGACCACUCUCGUACCCGGAUGCAGACGCGGUCUUGAUCUGCUUCUCAUUUGACUACCCCGAUUCACUCGAAAACGUGGUAGAAAAAUGGAUUGGUGAGGUUAUGCACUUUCUACCUGGUGUGCCUUGUAUCCUUGUCGGUCUUAAGAAAGACCUUCGCUACGACGAAGGGAACAUUAAGGAACUCAAGAAGUACGAUCAACAACCAGUAACAUGGGAUCAGGGAAAUGACACGGCGAAACGUAUAAAUGCCUUCAGAUAUGUUGAAUGUUCUGCCAAAACGGGUGAUGGGGUAAAAGAGGUCUUUGAUAUACUUGUUGGACCGUUUUUCCCGGCCGUUAAAAAGAGAUCCAAUGGCCUUAAAAGCAUGUUCAAGCGGUGGUCUUCAAGGGGGAACCUUGCAGUAGCAGAGAUAACAUCGUCAACUACGAAAGAGGUACACGAACUCUGGAAUAGUCGAGAAGUGGUUAGGUGUAUGGGUUCUACACCUGUGGCUGAGUUCCUGUCCGAUAUCCCAAUCGUCCGACUAGCCUUGAAGACUAAGAGAUUGAGACAAACUGGAUAA